UAUAAAAGAAUGCCAUUGUAUGAAAACAGAGUUUUUUCCCAGUAGCAGGAACACUGGCCAGAAAUGCUACUGAGCAUGAUUUUUUUGCAGACAAAAGUGUACAAAUGGCAUAUAUUGGUUGAUAACUGCAAUGUUCGCUGAUAAUAGCUGCUUAUUCAUCUUUGUAUGCAUUGGAUUUUCUUAAACCACGCCUGAUUUUAUUGAAAGGAACAUCUUGACUUUUUGGAGUUUUUAAGCAGAGGCUAUUUCAUUAACAACUCACAAAAUCGAAAGCGGUUUUACAUCAUGGCUUCAAUUGUUGCUCCAGUGAGAGACACAAAAUGGCUGACAUUAGAAGUGUGCAGGCAGUUUCAGAGAGGGACUUGUUCACGUUCUGAUGAAGAAUGUAAAUUUGCACAUCCAUCCAAAAGCUGCCAGGUUGAAAGUGGAAGAGUGAUUGCCUGCUUUGAUUCUCUAAAGGGCCGUUGUACAAGGGAGAACUGCAAAUAUCUUCAUCCACCAACACAUUUGAAAACUCAGCUAGAAAUUAAUGGUAGAAACAACCUGAUCCAACAGAAAACUGCAGCAGCAAUGCUUGCGCAGCAGAUGCAGUUUAUAUUCCCGGGAGCACCUUUUCAGCCAAUGCCAUCAUUUCCAGUAGGACCAACAAUAGGAUCUAAUCCAGCACUAAACUUUGCACCGUAUUUAACUCCAGUUACUUCUGGGGUUGGAUUAGUUCCUACGGAAAUUGUUCCCACACAAUCUGUAAUUGUUCCUGGAAAUCCCGUCUCUGUCUCUGGAUCAGCUCCACCACAGAAACUCCUCCGGACAGAUAAACUGGAGGUUUGCAGGGAAUUCCAGCGAGGAAACUGUGCACGGGGUGAAACCGAUUGUCGCUUUGCACAUCCUUCUGACAGCACAAUGAUUGAUACAAAUGACAACACUGUAACUGUUUGUAUGGAUUACAUAAAAGGGCGUUGCCUGAGGGAAAAAUGCAAAUAUUUUCAUCCUCCUGCUCACUUGCAGGCCAAAAUCAAAGCUGCUCAACACCAGACAAACCAAGUGGCAGUGGCAGCCCAGGCAGCUGCUGCAGCUGCUACAGUCAUGACUCAGUCGACUGCCAAAGCAAUGAAGCGACCUCUUGAAGCAGCCGUAGACCUGGCCUUUCCACCUGCUGUCCUUCAUCAUUUACCAAAGAGACAAGCACUUGAGAAAAGCAAUGGUGCCAGUGCUAUUUUUAAUCCCAGUUUCUUGCACUACCAACAGGCUCUUGCUAGUGCACAGUUGCAGCAACAUGCAUCAUUUAUUCCCACAGAUAAUCCUGAAAUAGUGAACAGGAAUGGAAUGGAAUGUCAAGAGGCCUUGUUGAGAACAGCAAGGCAUUGUUACUGUACAUACAACCCUGUCUCUUCCUUAACAGAAUUGCCACAAACUGCAUGCUGAAUAAAGAGUUUAUUCAUCUGGACAAAACACACUUAAGAGCUAGUGCUGCUAUAUCACAUAUGAAUAUUAAGAUGGUAUGCUUAGUAUAUUCAAAACUAAUCUAGUUAACUACCUGAUGCCAGCUGUGAUGGUUCAAGACAUACAAGGGUAAUAUUUUACUUUUAAAAGUUUUAUAUAACACUGUUUACUUCUUAGGAAUAUUGUCUUACCACCAUAAAAUAGUGAAUGUAAGUCGUCCCAUUCAUAUAUCGCAGGGUUCACGGUUUUACGACUCUUUCAAUGUUAGCAAUAACUGAUUUACAUUGGCCACUAAAUCCAGGAUCUAA